AUGUCUGUGGCGUGGGAUCCGUAUUAUUGGCUAUACCGUAACCGGACUUGUAACGGUAGUAAUGUGUUUAUGCCUAACAUAUACAUUCACUCGCAUACCGUUCCCGAUGUGAAGGACCUAUUAAAUUCCCAGUUCUUGACAGUUUUGAGACGCUAUUUAUCUGAACCCUACGGCACGUGUAGUUAUUAUGACUAUAGUAGUGGUAGUGGACAGCCAUUCGGUGCCAUAUCUCAUACGAAUUUCAAAUGA